AUGGGCCUCGUUUGGCAACUUCGAAGACGGGUCGGCAGCAAAUCGCUGCAAGCGACUCAGACUAUGCUACAGCGCUUGAUCAACAUGGCCAUUCGCACCGGAUUUGUCACCAGCUUCUUUGCGAUACUGGUCCUCGCUUUCUUCCUUCAAAACGUUGAAGGUGGAGUUGCCGUCGGACUGAACGAAUGCCUUGGUCGCAUUUAUGCAUUGACCAUGUUGCACAACCUCAACUCUCGACGUGCUAUACGCGAAGCUGGAACUGCGUCUGGCAGCGGAGGCAGUGGGAAUCCUGAAACACGCAAUCGCGGUGCCAUAAACCUUACUCGAAUACGCGUAGAUCAUCACACAAUCACCGCCUCGGACGUGGAAGGAGUCCCGCCAAAACGUAAUGAUUACGAUCCUGAAGAUGCGACGCAGAGUGAUGACGGUAGCGUGCGUAAUAAACCCGCCGACGCCCUUUGA